AAAUCAGUGGAGCGAGAUAGUUUCUGAGAUAACAAGUGAUGAUGAUUUAGAAAUCUAUUUGCACCCGGAUGAAGGAAACGAUUCCAUAGAUGUUUAUGUUGAGUCUCAGCCUUUAUACAAUCCUUUGAUGCCUUCACAAUUCACUACAACCCAUACCUGAACCUCCUGAAAAUACUGAGACGGAUUUCCGGAUGCACGUCAAUGCUAACCGUACAGGUGCUACCAACCGAGACUGGAGUCUUACACAUGUUUCGCAUGUUACCGCUUGGGAUAAUAGACUCAAUUAUAUUAUUGAUUAUCCAUAUGCUAGUGACAGUCAGACUACAGAAGAUGGUUAUUUUGAGUGGUAUGAACUGCACACACGUCGUUUCAUAUCACCGAUUACCCCAUCAGAUCGUACAGGAUUUCAGGUUGGAGGUCAGAUUUCAAUGGAUACAGUGAUUCAGCAUCUUCGAUCGUUGAUUGUUUCUGUUGAUGGCGGAGACAUGCCCCGGGAUGGCUAUCGUUCGUAUUUACCGACUCUCAGAACAUGUCUUAAUGUCUUAGAGUCUCGACACGGACCUUCAAAUAGGCCUCAAUCUGAGAUGCCUUAUACUCAGACUCACCCUCAGACUCAGACUCAGAUACCACUGUCUCAAAUGCCUCAGUCACAUACUCAGAUGUACGCUGGCGAGGCAGGAACUUCUUCUCGUGCAUAUUAUCCGGCAUUCGAUAAUUAUACAGAUCCUAGAUCACACGGGCAUCCAUCUGAUCCGUACACCCCAUACCCCUACUUUAAUUCGAAUAUUAAUUCGGAAGACCCAGUUCAUUUGGGGUCUACGCAUCAGUUUUCGUCUUCGCGACCGGUAGAUCAUCAGAUCACACAUAUUCCUUAUUCUCAAUCCGCAAAUUCUUCGAGUGAUAAUGAAAAUGAUGAGGAUGAACAAGUUGGUAGAGGGCACAGGACUAGAAGGCCCCCGAGAUGUGGCACCGGAGGUCACCGUCAUUGGUGA